CCUCCGCAUAUCCGUAUGGCGUGCUCAACGGCGGCGGGCGUCGAGGCGACCGCCCUCCUGUCCCCCCGUCCCGCCACGUGUCCAGUCGCCGGGCGCCGCGUCGCCCAGUUCUGCCGGACUCGACACCGCAGCCUCAGGGCGGCUGCGCAACGUCCCGGCCAGAAGAGUACAACCGGCGCCGACCCGCUUAAUGGUGUUCAGAGCGACGAAGCAGCGGUUUCCACUGGCAAAGGACGACAAAGGAACUACAGUGAUGGAGAUGGCAUAUCGAAUCUUCAGCUGGAAGAUCUGGUAGGAAUGAUACAGAACACCGAGAAAAAUAUACUUCUUUUGAAUCAAGCUCGUGUUCAGGCAUUGGAACAUGCUGAUAAAAUUCUUAAAGAAAAAGAAGCCUUGCAGAGGAAGAUAAACAUUUUAGAGACGAAGUUGUCAGAAGCAGAUGCACAACAUAAGCUUUCAGCUGAAGGGAAUUCCAGUGACUCACAGCUAGUAAUGGAGUUUGAUGUUCUAAAGGAAGAGAAUAUUCUACUCAAGGAGGACAUAGAAUUCCUUAAAACAAAACUUAUCGAGGUUGCCGAAACAGAGGAGAGUAUAUUCAAAUUGGAGAAAGAGCGUGCUCUUUUAGAUGCUUCCCUUAGGGAGCUGGAGUCUAGGUUUAUAGCUGCCCAAGCAGAUAUGAUGAAACUUGGUCCUAGGAAGUAUGAUGCCUGGUGGGAGAAAGUAGAAAAAUUGGAAGACUUGCUUGAGACCACAGCAAACCAAGUAGAGCAUGCUGCUUUGGUAUUGGACCACAAUCAUGAUCUGCAGGAUAAGCUUGACAAAUUAGACGAGUCACUGCAAGCAGCAAAUAUUUCAAAGUUCUCCUCUUAUCUUGUUGAUCUUUUGCAGCAAAAGGUAAAAUCAGUUGAAGAACGCUUUCAAGCAUGUAACCAUGAAAUGCAUUCUCAAAUUGAACUGUAUGAGCACUCAAUAGUCGAAUUUCAUGGUACUCUUAGCAAACUAAUAGAGGAAAGUGAGAAAAGAUCACUGGAGAAUUUCACAGGAAACAUGCCUUCGGAAUUAUGGAGCAGAAUUUCCCUUUUGAUUGAUGGGUGGUUACUUGAAAAGAAAAUAUCUUACAAUGAUGCAAAUACAUUACGAGAAAUGGUUCGGAAAAGGGACAGUCGUCUUCGCGAAGCGUACUUGUCUUGCAGAGAUACCGAAAGCAGAGAAGUUAUGGAUAAUUUUCUGAAGAUGGCACUACCAGGAACCAGCUCUGGUUUGCACAUUGCCCACAUAGCAGCAGAGAUGGCUCCUGUCGCAAAGGUUGGUGGCCUGGCGGAUGUGAUAUCUGGCCUUGGGAAGGCACUUCAGAAAAAAGGGCAUCUAGUAGAGAUUAUUCUUCCCAAAUAUGACUGCAUGCAGGUUGACCAAGUUAGCAAUCUUAAGGUUUUAGAUGUUCUUGUGCAGUCCUACUUUGAAGGAAAUAUGUUCAACAACAAAAUUUGGACAGGGACUGUUGAAGGCCUACCUGUUUACUUUAUCGAGCCAGAGCAUCCGGCGAAGUUCUUUUGGAGGGCUCAGUACUACGGAGAGCAUGAUGACUUUAAACGUUUUUCGUACUUCAGCCGUGCGGCACUGGAAUUACUUUACCAAUCUGGGAAGAAAGUUGAUAUAAUCCACUGCCAUGACUGGCAAACUGCAUUUGUGGCACCUCUUUAUUGGGAUGUAUAUGCCAAUCUAGGCUUCAAUUCAGCUAGAAUUUGCUUCACUUGUCACAAUUUUGAAUAUCAAGGAAGUGCUCCAGCUCGUGAUUUAGCAUGGUGUGGCCUUGAUGUUGAGCACCUAGAUAGACCAGACAGGAUGCGGGACAACUCACAUGGAAGAAUAAAUGUUGUUAAGGGUGCAAUUGUGUAUUCGAACAUCGUGACAACUGUCUCACCAACAUAUGCACUAGAGGUUCGCUCGGAGGGUGGGCGUGGACUCCAAGAUACACUUAAAGUACAUUCCAGGAAAUUUCUUGGGAUACUUAAUGGAAUUGACACAGAUACAUGGAACCCUUCCACUGAUAGGUAUCUCAAGGUCCAGUAUAAUGCUAACGAUCUCCAGGGAAAGGCAGCAAACAAAGCAGCCCUGAGAAAACAGCUAAACCUGGCUUCUGCAUAUCCUUCACAACCGCUGGUUGGUUGCAUUACAAGACUAGUUCCUCAGAAGGGUGUACAUCUCAUCAGGCAUGCAAUAUACAAAACGGCUGAAUUGGGAGGACAGUUUGUCCUUCUGGGUUCAAGUCCAGUACCAGACAUUCAAAGGGAGUUUGAAGGUAUUGCAGAAUAUUUUCAGAACAACAACAAUAUCCGGCUGCUUUUGAAGUACGAUGAUGCUUUGUCUCAUUGUAUAUAUGCUGCAUCUGACAUGUUCAUUGUUCCCUCUAUAUUUGAGCCAUGUGGCCUCACUCAGAUGAUAGCUAUGAGAUAUGGUUCCGUGCCAAUUGUUCGAAAAACUGGUGGAUUGAAUGAUAGUGUGUUUGACUUUGAUGAUGAAGCAAUUCCUAUGGAAGUGCGAAAUGGCUUUACAUUUGUCAAGGCCGACGAGCAGGGACUAAGCGGCGCGAUGGAAAGGGCGUUCAACUGCUACACAAGAAAACCUGAGGUCUGGAAACAGUUGGUGCAGAAAGACAUGAGGAUAGAUUUCAGCUGGGACACUUCAGCUUCGCAGUACGAAGACAUCUAUCAAAAGGCAGCGGCUCGAGCGAGGGCAGCAGCUUGAUGAGCACGGAGAGCGCAUGUUUCGUGAAGCCUACAUACAUGCCCUUCUUCUCCCCGGCCCGGCCCUUGGCUACAAAUGCUCAUUUGCUGAUAGGAUCAGGGAUCAGAAUCAUAUAGGAAGUUGGAUGCUCUUAACGCACAUUUCCUUGGUGGCAGCCAAUGUGACCUAUGCCUGGCAAUACAUUAAGGUGUCUACUGAGGCACACAGAACGCAAAGGCAGAAGCAGGCGUUGGCCAUCUAUCACGGAUAUGAUGAAACUGAUAAGUUUGUAGCACGUGCACUGUUGUUGGCAUAAAUUGGUGUAAAUUAUGAACUGUACAUGUGCUGUGUGCAUAGUCGUACUAUUCCCGAGGAAGAAAUCUUAUGGUCCAUGA